CGUGACGACGCGCGGACGGGCCCGAGCCUCCGUCGAAGGCGGAAGUCGGGAUGGUUCCGGAGCUGGGAGUUCGCGCUCGCGCCCCGCCUCGCCGGCGAUAAGGGGAGGGUCUCUGGGUUGGCUGGGCGCGGGAGUCGGGCAUGGCGGUCCCGGGAGGAGCGCGGGCGGCGCUGUGCGCGCUCUUGGCUCUGGCCGCGCUCGCCGGGCACGUAGCCGGCGAAAAGAAUUCUGAAGAUGUCCGAUGUAAAUGCAUCUGUCCUCCUUACAAAGACCACGCUGGCCACAUUUUCAGUAAAAAUGUUUCACAGAAAGACUGUGAUUGUCUUCAUGUUGUGGAGCCUAUGCCAGUUCCGGGACCAGAUGUAGAGGCAUAUUGCUUACGUUGUGAAUGCAAAUAUGAGGAAAGAAGCUCUGAAACUAUUAAAGUUACAAUCAUCAUAUAUCUCUCCAUCUUGGGUCUCCUCCUGCUGUAUAUGGUGUAUCUUACCUUGAUAGAACCUAUUCUGAAGAGACGCCUCUUUGGACAUUCACAGCUAAUACAAAACGAUGACGACGUUGGGGAUCACCAACCUUUUGCAAAUGCUCAUGAUGUGCUGGCUCGUUCCCGAAGCCGAGCCAACAUGCUGAACAAAGUGGAGUAUGCCCAGCAACGUUGGAAACGCCAAGUCCAAGAACAGCGCAAAUCUGUGUUUGACCGUCAUGUUGUGCUCAGUUAAUAAGUAGAGUAAUUAUCACCAAAUCGUGUUGGAAGAAAAUUAAUGGACUAAAGUAAAGUGCCAGAUUGUUUUCCUGGUGUUCCACUUCAUCGGAAGACCAUUUUUGCUCGUUAGCAGCAAAGGAAGCACAAACACGAGGGGAAGGAAUAUCUUCAAAUAUUUAACAAGCCAAAAUCUUCAUACAAUACUAAGUUCCUUUUACUAAUAAAGCAUAAGCUUAU